AUGGCCGCGAUACGACCCACGGACGAGAAAAACGACUCAGAUCAACCUGAGACAGUCGUGCUCGAGACUAAGAGCGAAGGUUCCUCUGAGGCACCGAGAUGGACUGUGGAGGAAGAGACCGCCCUUCGUAGAAAGUUGGACUGGCAACUGGUGCCUACGGUUACCAUAUUAUAUCUUCUCUGCUUCCUAGACCGAAUAAACAUAGGGAAUGCGCGCAUUCAGGGAUUGCAGGAGGAUCUAAACCUCUACGGAUAUCGCUUUAACAUCGCGACAAGUAUCUUCUACAUCGUCUACUUAACGAUAGAAGUACCGUCCAAUAUAAUUCUUAAGCAUGUCGGUCCGCGAUUCUACCUACCCGGAUUGGUCGUCGGGUUUGGAGCUGUCUCCGUCGCGACAGCUUUCGUAAAGACUUUCGAGCAGCUCUGUGCUGUCCGUGCGUUGUUGGGUAUCUUCGAGGGCGGAACGAUGCCGGGAUUGGCCUUCUUCCUGAGCUCUUUCUAUAAGAGAGAAGAGCUUUACUUUAGAGUUGGUAUUUACGUAUCGGCCGCAUCGAUCGCCGGCGCUUUUGGUGGUCUGCUAGCUGCGGGAUUUUCGCAAAUUCCCGAAUGGGGAAUCGCUAGCUCGAGAUUACAUACGUGGCGCAACAUCUUUUUCUUCGAAGGUCUCAUCACCAUAUUAAUUGCGAUGAUGGCUCCCAUCAUCCUACCACAGAGCCCCGAAACGUCGAAGUACCUAACAGACCGCGAGAAAUUUAUAGCCGUCGAGCGUCUCCGUCUUGAAAGCAAAGCACACCCUCACGAGAAAGUACAAGCGCGCCACGUCAAGCAAGCGCUGCUCAACAUCAACAACUACAUCUGCGCGGCCGGAUUCUUCGCCAUCAACAUCACGGUGCAGGGUCUGUCCGUCUUCAUGCCAACUCUGCUCAAGGACCUGGGGUGGGAGUCGCUGACGGCGCAAUACUACACCGUGCCCGUGUACGUGGCUGCCUCGCUGGUCGCCAUCGGCAUCGGCUUCAUCAGCGACAAGACCCGCAUGCGCGGCAUAUACCUCGCCCUAUUCACGAUCCUCGGUAUAACCGGCUUCGCCAUGCUCCGCUGGGGCCACGGCAACGCCCUUCGCUACACGGCCAUCUACCUCUGCGCCCUCGGCGCAUUCCCCGGCGGUCCUGGUUUCUUGUCUUGGGGACUCAACAACUCAGCCGGUCCGGCCAUACGCGCUGUUUCAGGCGGUUGGAUCGUGACACUCGGAACCAUGGGCGGCAUUCUCGCUGUCUGGGCGUACUUACCGAACGACGGACCCGCGUUUCCUAUCGGCCAUACGAUUAACCUUGUCGCGCAGAUCUUCGUCCUGUUCUUGAGCGUUUUCGGCAUCUGGUACUGUGUCAGGGAAAACAAGAUCCGCGCGAGGGGCGGGCGGGAUGAUAGGUUGAUCGGGUUGAGCGAGGACGAGAAGGUCGAUUUGGGAUACCGACACCCGGAUUUUAGAUAUAUCUCGUAA